UUAAACCCUAGACCACCCCACCCCCACCCCCACCCCAGCCCCAUCUCGCUCAAACUCGAACCACCGAUACGAUGAACAGAGGUAUGAUACAAGACACUGCGAUCUCAUUCACGAAGCAACCUUACAUCGAAGAUGUUGGACCUCGAAGAAUUAAGAGUAUUAAAUUCUCAUUGUUUUCUGAUGCGGAUGUGCUCAAAAUGGGGGAAGUUCAAGUGUCUCGUUCGCAGUGUUAUGGUUUUGAAGAUAGUAAAGGCACCGUUGCCAAUGGAUUGUUGGAUCCGCAUAUGGGUCCUCCAAACAAGUUCGGCACAUGCGAGACGUGCCAUGGUAGCUUUCAAGAUUGCCCUGGUCACUUUGGUUACAUAAAACUUGCGUUGCCAGUAUUUAAUGUCGGUUAUUUACCUCAUAUUGUGGAAAUUUUGAAGUGCAUAUGCAAGUUUUGUUCCCGAAUAUUGUUGUCUGAGGAAGAACGCGUAGACUACUUAAAGAAGAUGAGAGGUCCAAAUAUGGAUCAUCUGAAGAAGAAUAGUAUUUAUAAAAUGGUAGUUAAAAGGUGCACUGCUAUGGCAAGUAGUAAGAAAGCGGUAACAUGCUCCAGAUGUGGUUAUAUAAAUGGUAUAAUUAAAAAAGCUGUUGGAACAGUGGGAGUUAUACAUGAUCGUAGCAAGCUUCAAGAUAAUACCUCAAAGGAAUCCGAUGAUGCUAUUUCUAACAUGAAGGAGAUGAAGAUACCUGCUAGUUUAUCCUUUAUGUUAAACCCUGACAAAGUUCUUAAACUUUUUAAGAAGAUGCUGGAUGUGGAUUGUGAUUUGCUUUAUCUUGCUGAUAGACCCGAGAAACUCAUUAUAUCAACCAUUCCCGUUCCUCCCAUACCUAUUCGUCCAUCUGUCAAACUUGAUGCAACAAGCAAUGAGAAUGACGUUACCCUGAAAUUGGGAGAAAUUAUAAGAAUCAAUGCUUCUGUUAAUAGCUUGUUAACCGACACAGGCGCUUCUAACCAAAAAAACCUGGUUUGUUGGGAGCAUCUGCAAUAUACAGUUGCACAAUAUAUAAACAGCGAUGUUCGUUUACCACCAUCGUUUACUCUUAAUCAAAACUCCAAACCAAUGGCUGGUCUUAUUCAACGUAUGAAGGGAAAACAAGGACGUUUUCGUGGGAAUUUGUCUGGGAAACGUGUUGAGUAUACCGGUAGAACUGUUAUUUCUCCCGACCCAAAUUUAAAGAUUACAGAGGUGGCGAUUCCUAUCUUAAUGGCUCGGAUUUUGACGUACCCUGAGCGUGUUUCACAUCACAAUAUAGAGAGACUGAGACAAGCUGUGCGUAAUGGUACUUCUAAAUACCCUGGCGCAAAGCAUAUCAGAAAGCCAGAUGGUACCAUGAUGUCUUUGAGUAUCAAUGCGAGAAAACGUUUGGCUGACGAGUUGAAAUUUGGUGACGUGGUUGAUCGUCAUUUAAUAGACGGUGACGUUGUCCUCUUCAACAGGCAGCCCAGUUUGCAUCGUAUGUCAAUCAUGAGUCACAGAGCUAGAAUUAUGCCUUGGAGGACAUUGAGGUUCAAUGAAUCUGUUUGUAAUCCGUACAAUGCUGACUUUGAUGGUGAUGAGAUGAAUAUGCAUGUUCCACAAACUGAAGAGGCCCGAACAGAGGCUCUAAUGCUAAUGGGGGUGCAAAACAAUUUAUGCACACCAAAAAAUGGGGAGAUUUUGGUUGCAUCCACUCAAGAUUUUUUAACAUCCUCAUUUCUUAUAACAAGAAAAGACACGUUUUAUGACCGUGCUUCAUUUUCACUCAUGUGUUGUUAUAUGGGUGAUGCAAUGGAUAUACUUGAUUUGCCAACUCCUGCUAUUAUUAAGCCAAUAGAGCUUUGGACUGGUAAACAGUUAUUUAGUGUCCUGUUGCGACCACAUGCAGAUAUGAAAGUUUAUCUGAAUCUGACUCUUACGGAAAAGAGUUACACGAAAGCGAGUGGAAAAAGGGUGAAGCCGUAUGAGACAAUGUGCCCCAAUGAUGGAUACGUCUGCAUCUACAACAGUGAACUUAUAAGUGGCCAGCUUGGAAAGGCUACUUUAGGGAAUGGAAACAAAGAUGGACUUUACUCGGUUCUUCUUAGGGACUACAAUUCACAUGCUGCAGCUGCUUGUAUGAACCGCUUAGCAAAACUAAGUGCUCGGUGGAUAGGAAAUCAUGGAUUCUCAAUUGGAAUUGAUGAUGUUCAACCUGGCGAUAAUUUGAAUGACAAUACAAUCAGGAUUAUUUCCGAAGGGAACAAAAAAUGUGACAACUUCAUUCUCGAUUUUAAUAACGGGAAGCUCAAACUGCAACCUGGUUGUAAUGCUGCUCAGACCCUUGAAGCGGAGAUAACAGGUGUCCUAAAUAAAAUCAGAGAUGAAACCGGAAAGGUUUGUAUGGAAAAACUACAUUGGAGGAACAGCCCGUUAAUUAUGUCUCAGUGUGGGUCGAAAGGAUCUCCUAUCAAUAUUAGUCAAAUGAUUGCAUGUGUUGGUCAACAAUCAGUUGGAGGUCAACGUGCUCCAAAUGGAUUUAUGGACCGAAGUCUUCCACAUUUUCCUAGACAGUCAAAGACACCCGCUGCGAAAGGGUUUGUAGCAAACUCUUUUUAUAGCGGUUUAACCGCUACUGAGUUUUUCUUCCACACAAUGGGAGGACGAGAAGGUCUUGUGGAUACUGCAGUUAAGACGGCUGACACUGGUUAUAUGUCCCGGAAACUGAUAAAGGGAUUGGAGGACUUAUCUGUUUACUAUGACAAUACAGUAAGGGAUUCCAGUGCAUGUAUUGUUCAAUUUACAUAUGGUGGGGAUGGGCGGGACCCGUCUCAGAUGGAAGGAAAGGCAGGAUUUCCUCUUAAUUUUGAUCGGUUAUUGAUGAAAGCCAAGGCUACAUGUCCUGCUGGGCAACAUAGAGGUCUUUCUUCUUCAGAGAUUCGGGAAGCAGUUGACGAACGUCUUUCUAUGCAUGAUAUGACUCCCGAAGGGGGAUGCUCUGAGGACUUCCGGAAGAAAUUGAAACAGUUUAUUGACAAAUACGCUGCAACAUUAGAAAUCACUAAACGAGCUCUUCUACCGCAUGAUGGACAACUAGACGAUGAACAAUCUUCAAUCAUAGAAAAGGUUUCUCAAAGCAUAUGUGGCAUCACUUCUCAGCAGCUGCAGGUAUUCUUAGAUACAUGCAUCUUUCGUUACCAUCAAAAAAAGAUUGAUGCCGGAACAAAUAUCGGUGCAAUUGGUGCUCAAAGUAUUGGAGAACCAGGAACACAAAUGACGUUAAAAACCUUUCAUUUUGCUGGAGUUGCAAGCAUGAAUGUCACUCUCGGGGUUCCUCGUAUUAAGGAGAUCUUAAAUGCAGCCAAGAAAAUCAGCACGCCUGUCAUCACUGCAAAACUCAGAACUAAUGAUAACAUAUCGUAUGCUAAGCUGGUCAAAGGUCAAAUGGAGAGAACUCUUUUGGGGCAGGUUGCAAAGAGUAUAAAGCUUGUACUGGGAUUAAGAUCUGCUUCUAUUGUUAUUACCCUUGACAAGUCAACAAUUCAAGCCCUACAACUUUCCGUAGACGCACAUACUGUGAAAGAAUCAAUACUAAAGACUCCCAAAAUCAAACUGAAAGAACAUCAUAUCAAGGUUUUGGAUGCUAGGAAACUUGAAAUUAAUCCUCCAUCUGAUAGGGAAAAACUUUAUUUUGAUCUUCAUGGGCUCAGAAAUAGGCUUCCAACAGUCGUUGUGAAGGGCAUUGGUACCAUUGAACGUGCUGUGAUAAACAAGAAAAAGGAGCAGGACAAGUUUAACUUGCUUGUAGAAGGAACGGGCCUUCAGGCAGUUAUGGGCAUGGAAGGAAUAAAUGGACAUGAAACGACAAGUAAUCAUAUUCUGGAGGUACAAAGUACACUUGGCAUUGAAGCUGCAAGAAGGUCAAUUAUUAAAGAGAUCCAAUACACUAUGGAAAGCCACGGAAUGAGUAUAGAUAUUCGACAUAUGAUGCUUUUAGCUGAUGUCAUGACGUAUAAGGGGGAAGUUUUGGGGAUCACGAGAUUUGGGAUUCAAAAAAUGAAAGAAAGCGUGUUGAUGUUGGCGUCAUUUGAGAAAACAUCCGACCAUCUUUUUAAUGCUUCUGUGAAUGGUAGAGUAGACAAAAUAGAAGGUGUUAGUGAAUGUAUUAUCAUGGGCAUACCGAUGCAGACGGGCACAGGAAUUAUCGGAGUUAAACAAAGGGUUCCUCAGCUUCAGCUAUGCAAGGGAUCAGAUGUGAUCAUAUCAUAAGUUGCAAGCGACCAUCAGAAAUGUCGUCAUUUAUAUCAAAAAGAUGGUUGGUUCUAACUCGAGUUAUAUAUAAACAGUUUGGUACCAUAAAGAGUUGCAUCAAAAGGCAGCGAUCAGAGAAGUUGUAACUUUUGAGAAUUUAUACUGUUUUUACGUUUAUAAAUAUAUUAAUAAUUUCCUCAAGUAACAAACUUAUUUUUUUGUCGAGGCUUCAUAUGAUUGUCAAGACACAUGUUUAUAGAAUCUGGUUCUUUAUAUAAUGUAUGUAUACUGUUGCAACCCAA